AGGUACCCCAUUACCUUCCUUGCAUGACCAUCUCCACAAUAAUGACCAGAAAUGUGUCGAUUUUAUUUUAGCAAGCAGAAGAGGAGAUUUCACAGCUGAAGGCAGACAACCUCCACAUGCAGAAAUGUGUGAUGGAGUCAGCAAAGGAGAUGGAAAAGAUGAGCGACGAGUACAACCACAUCAAAAUGGCCGUCCAUCAGUGCGACUCCUUGACAGACCAGCUUAGGAAAGACAGGGAUCGCGCUGAGCUUCAGGUCAGAGAGUUGACGCAGAAGAUUAACUCCAUGACAGAAGAGGAUGACCCCAUUAUUGCAGCAGUGGACGCUAAAGUGGACCAAUGGAAGGUUGGC